ACUUCUGUGUGUCAUAGAUUAUGACUGGUAGACUUUGCCCAAUAGCAAUAACUAUGUACAAUGGGAUGAACUGGAUCAAGAGUCCCUAGUAAUAGUUUACAAAUUCUUGAGCAGUAGCUGUAUGGACUAGUCAUCUGUGAGAAAAAGUAAGAAUAAUUUGAAAAUAUGCUUCUAAGAAUUUUAAGUGAAAUAUGCAGUUUAAAAAGUAACGAAUUGAAAAUUGAAUGUUUACAGACAUUGUGAGGUUUGUUUUUUUAACUUAAAGGAACAUUAAGAUAUUUCUGUUUACCUUCAUGCUUCUUAAUUAUUAAUAAUUAUGUGUAUUUAUUUCUAGAUAUUAUGGCAAAUUCUUACCUGAGUGUCAUGGCUCUGGUCCUUUUUCUUAAUUAUACUGGAUCUUCAGGGUUCAAGUCACAGGAGACAGGUUUUGGUAUUCCCUACAAUUCCAAAUGCUGGUGGGAUAGAAAGUUCCUGAUGAAUUGUUCUUUUACGGGGAAGUCUACUGUCCCCACGGAUAUAUCACCAACAGUAACAGUACUUGAUUUAAGUUAUAACACCAUCAGUGUCGUACUGUGGUCUAACUGGAGAGAUGAAGAAUGGAAUAUCAAACACCUGAAUCUAAGUAAUAACCUGAUUUCUGAACUCCAUUUAGAUUCCUUCAGAAAUCUACCAUUUUUGGAAACUCUAAACCUCAAUGGUAAUGUUAUCCACUAUAUUGUUCUGGAUAUAUGUAAAUCUGAAGACCGGUCUGAAAAACACAGAAGAGUGUAUACUUACAGUCUCCUUCCUUUUUUAAAAGUAUUGGCAAUUGAAAGAAAUAAUCUUAGUGCAAUUCCAAGGGGACUAGGAAUGCUGCAGUCUUUACAAAGUGUCCAUCUGUCAUCUAAUGAAAUAUUACAGAUUGAACAGAAUGAUUUUCACAACUGUUCGCAGCUAAAGAAUAUCUACUUACAAAAUAACAAGAUAACCAAAAUUCAUCCUGAUGCCUUCAAGAAUCUCAAAAAAUUGCAGGUUCUUGAUCUCAGCAACAACGUUAUGACAACCAUUCUACCAGAGAUGUUCAUAGAACUCAACAUAUUUCAUCUUGAAGUGGAUUUAUCAAAUAAUCCCUGGAUAUGCAAUUGCAGGCUGAUGCAUUUCAAACAAUUCCUUAGUUUUAUUUCUGCAUCCUUGAGGAAAAAAUUGAAUAUUUUAUGCAGCGAACCUAUCAGCAACCUGGGAAAACCUCUACUGUCUCUCACAAGUUUGGAUUUAAACUGUGAAAUGCUUGUGGAUGAUAAUGUUUCACUAAAGAAAGCUAUUAUGGAAACAGGAGAGACAUCUGUGCUACACUGUGGCGUGGAUGAAACAUGGGGAAAAAAAGAAGUCUAUUGGUGGACUCCUGGUGGCAGAAUUUCCAAAGAUAACUGGCUUCCUCAUAUUAAACAGAAUGAAAUGAACAAUUUAGUUAUAUAUAAUGUUGGGAAAUCUGCAGAAGGACUGUACGUGUGUAUUUUCAACAAGACAAAAAAAUAUCUGAUCUAUGAUGUGAAAGUGAAACAAAAGCUUUCACCAUUCUUGGUUAGAAAUAUCAGAGAUAUCAAUGCUGCUUUUAGACAAGGAAGAACAGAGCAAGACUUUACCUUGGCAGUCUGCCUCUCCGUGUUCAUCACAUUUGUUUGUGCAUUUUGUCUUGGCGCUUUAAGCAGACCUUACAUUAGCCCCUUGCGGAGACAAAUAUGCAGAAACAAAAGUUCAGCUUCAGAAAACACAUAUUGCAAUCAACAUUUUUCAGCUGAAACCCUGACAAGAGAGAAUAACAAAACUGCACCAACCAAGGCAUGGCACAAUUCAUCUUUUUUGACUGGAAGCUCCUCAGAAGAUGUAGGCUCCUCUAGUUUGCAUCACGCUGCACUUCAUAACAGAGUACAGGAAGAAAGAAACCAAGACCAAAGCAGCAACAGUAUCAAAAUAAACAAACAAAAGAUGUCUCCAAAUAGUCAAGCAACUGAUUCUGCUAGUGAAGCAGAUAUAGUUACUGAUAAUGAACACUUUUCUUUAAGAUCAGACCAUAAGAACAGCAAAAACACCAAUCCAAGCCAAUCUAGAAGCAGUGAUAUUUCAUCACAUGAUAGGCUAAAAUACUCAAUUAAUGGAGAUUCAUGUUUCACAGGAGGAAACUCUUUAGCCCAAAUACACGUAAAUGGACAGAUACCUGGAAGCAGUGAUGUAAACAAAAGCUCUGAUCUGUUGCAUUCUGAAUUUGCAGCAUCUAUGCUGGAUUCUCCUAGGCUGAGAGAAGUGACAUCCCAUACUGAAUCACUAAGCAUGCAACAGUUUAAGCCCCAAAACCAUAACUAUGAUACAGUCCUUGAAAUAAAUGAUAACAUGAAUGUAUUUAGUGACAAGGAGGAUUUUAUUUUGCCCAACAGUUAUAAGAAUGAUGUAUAUGAGAAUUUUAACACCUGGCAAGUACAAGGAAACUCUUGUGCUAGCAUACCAGAGUACGGAUCUAAUAUUAAAACUACUAACGAAAACAAUCCAGUUGAUAUCUAUAGUGACAGCACCUCUACAGAUGAAGGGUCUGAAUUCACACUGAGUGACUGUAAUUCUUUAGCAGAAUGUGAAUUUGAGCAAGCUGAUAUUGGCAAUGAUCACUUAACCAGUCAGCCAGGACUGGAAAAAGUUUACUUAAACAGUGGUACUGAGAAGUUCUCUACAUUGCUAAGGAGUCCUAACAUUAGCUCUGGAUUUAAAGAUGCAAUGGAAGAACACAAAAAUCAAACUAAAGAAUGUUCUGAAACAGUUAUUACUUCUGAAUCAGGUACUGGUAUGUCUGAAACAAAUCCACUCACUCUUCAGCUCAAUACAUCUCAGGUUGAUGAAUCCAGCAGUCACAUAAUUUUGUCAGAUUUAAACCCAGAUGGUCUGCCAACUUAUGAAACUCCUGAUCUGUUCAAGUCAGAGUACGUUACCAGUCCACAUUCAGCAACACAAAACAUGAGUUCUAAUUCAUUCUGCAAAUACAAUACAAGUUUUGAUAAUGCAAUUUUAUCAUUAAAAUAUUCUCCCAGAUCUACUGCAGGUAAAGAGGACAGUAUUUCUAAUGCCACUGAUUUGCAACUGGAUCAAUCUUCUGCUCUCACUUUGCAGUUUGACAAGCCUGAUCAGAAAGAUGAAACUGAAAUUAAUAUGGAAGAAAACCAAGUAGCUCAGUGUUCUUCCCUGAAGAAUUGCAGCAAAGACAAUUUUACAUUAAAUAUGGCAGAUGUUAACGCACCUCACAUGAGCAACAAUUUUAUGUUUACAUGUGUGGAUUUGGAUUCAGACAUGGUCGCUAAGAAAGUAUUGUCACCACAGUCCAAUUUAGCUGUUGAUGAAUUCUCUCUUCAGUCCCAUUCUGAAAGCACACAUGCGAAACCUGCUCCAAAGACUACUGACACACAGAACUUAGUGCAGCAGCAGCAUAUGAACAUUUCUGAGACUUGUGCACAAAGAAUGCAAAAGGGCUUUGAUGAAUACAAGGAAGAACAAUUCUUGUCUGGAAUAGAUAAAGAAAAUUCUGGCCCAUACCAAACAGAACUGCCGUUGCAUAGUAGCAUGGCAGAUUCAAGUCACAUUAGCUCUUCUAAGACAACACACUCAUUUUUUGAUGGAGAAAGAUGCUUACAACUGGAUCAGGGAAGAGAGAAUGACUGUUCCUCAUCACAUACCCAAAGCUUUUUAAAGGAAAAUUUACAACACAGUUUAUGUGAGGUCCCAAAGCAUGCAAAAGGAGACACCAUCUCUAAAAGAACUGAUUCCAAGAAGAAUGGAAAUGAAGCUUCUUUGGCAGAUUUGGAAAAUCUACAGAUGGCAGCAGAUCUCCAUAAGUCAAGUGAAAAACCUGACCAAGCAAAUAAAACCAGUUUAGGUCAGGGUACUUUUUUUGUUAAGAAGAAAAGAGUAUUUGAUAGUUUUGCCAACGUUCUGGAAACCAGGAAAACAAAGGACUGCACAAAUUGAGAAAUGAAUGUUAAAUAUCUAUAUAAAGACUUUGUAAUAUUUAUAAAGGCAUGUAAUAGUUAAUACAAAUCUAAUGUAUUUA